GAGAAGUUAAGGAACUUGUUAGUAAGUCACAUAGCCAGCAAGUAGCAAGCCCCAUAUUUGAACCCUGCUAGUCCAAAAUGUGUGUUUGAGGAGGCACAGGGGCUCCAUGUGCUCACACCUGUGGCUUUGGACAGGACAUGACUUUGGGCAGCUCUGACCUCUGCAUUCCAGGUUCUUAUCCCUCAUUCCAUAUCUGGGCAUGACCUGGGUUCAAACUGAGCAGGCUCACUGUGCAGGGGCUCCCCGGAAUGAUGCUGCACCCACAGGGUCUCUCACUGCAGUCCUGUGAUUGCAAAGACACUUGCAGACAUGGCUUCUCCUGGCCCUGCUGAACAGAGAGAGCUGCCAGCUUUCCUGUCCUGAUAGCCUCUGGCUUCCUUCUGUCAUGGGGGAGGACAGGAGCGGGAGGGGGGCUUACAGGGACUGAUGAAUGGAGGGAGGUGACUCAAGGGGCUUCUGUGAAAGUGCCCUAUAUGGGCCUGGAUUGCAGGCAGGAAUGCAGAACGCUUUCCCUCCUUCCUCUCAGUAAGCAAAGCUAGACCCAGACUAGUCUCUAGGACAGAGAUUUAAAUAGAUUUAAACAGCUGGUUAAUGGGACUCUCUUUUUCACAGAAUAGGCUGGCUUUUUCAUAGAUGAGGACUAGGGUAGGGUCAGGGAAAUUCAGCAGUCAAUAAAAUUAUUAUUGAGCUGCCAGACAGCAGUGGUCCGAGGCCCCAGGCCUGUGUGGCAUCCAGACAGCCUUUGUGCCCUUUCUAGACAUCCCCCUCCUCAGGGUUCAGGGACCUGUCUGGCUGCUGAGCUCCCAGGAGGUCCAAGGGGUGUGACCUCCCUCCCUCUCUACCUCCCUCCCAGGCCCAGCCCAGGGCUGGCUAUAAAGCCGGCCCAGCCUGGCUCUCAGCACACCCAGCUGGGACCCUCCUGGAGCCUCCUCUGGGGACACAUCCACUCUCCUCCUUCUCCUGAGCAGCACCAUGCGGCCCCUGUGGCUCUGCUGGGCACUCUGGGCGCUGCCCCUGGCCGGCCCCGGGGCGGCCCUGACCGAGGAGCAGGUCCUGAGCAGUCUGCUGCAGCAGCUGCACCUCAGCAAGGUCCCUGUCCUGGGCAAGGCCGACAUGGAGGGGCUGGUCAUCCCUGCCCACGUGAGGGCCCAGUACGUGGCCCUGCUGCAGCGCAGCCACGGGACCCGCUCCCGGGGGAAGAGGUUCAGCCAGAACUUCCGAGAGGUGGCCGGCAGGUUCCUGGUAUCUGAGGCCUCCACGCACCUGCUGGUGUUCGCCAUGGAGCAGCGGCUGCCGCCCAACAGCGAGCUGGUGCAGGCGGUGCUGCGCCUGUUCCAGGAGCCGGUCCCCAAGGCCGCGCUCCGCAGGCACGAGCGGCUCUUUCCGCGCAGCGACCGCGCCCGGGUCACCGUCCAGUGGCUGCACGUCCGCGACGACGGCUCCAACCGCACUUCCCUCAUCGACUCCAGGCUGGUGUCCAUCCACGAGAGCGGCUGGAAGGCCUUGGACGUGACCGAGGCGGUGAACUUCUGGCGACAGCUGCACCGGCCCCGGCAGCCGCUGCUUCUGCAGGUGUCGGUGCAGCGGGAGCACCUGGGUCCGCUGGCCUCCAGCGCCCACAGGCUGGUCCGCUUCACCUCCCAGGGGCCGUCGGGCGCCGGGCAGGGGGAGCCCCAGCUGGAGCUGCACACCCUGGACCUCAGGGACUACGGAGCUCAGGGAAAUUGUGAUCCUAAGGUGCCAAUCACUGAGGGCACCUGCUGCUGCCGCCAGGAGAUGUACAUUGACCUGCAGGGAUUGAAGUGGGCUGAGAACUGGGUCCUGGAGCCCCCAGGCUUCCUGGCCUAUGAGUGUGUGGGCACCUGCCAGCAGCCCCCAGAGUCCCUGACCUUCAAGUGGCCAUUUCUGGGACCACGACAGUGCAUCGCCUCGGAGACGACCUCACUGCCCAUGAUUGUCAGCAUCGAGGAGGGAGGCAAGCCCAGGCCCCAGGUGGUCAGCCUGCCCAACAUGAGGGUGCAGAAGUGCAGCUGUGCCUGGGACGGGGCGCCCGUGCCAAGGAAGCUGGAGCCAUAGGCACAGGGUGUAGCUAUCAAGGGACUUGGCUCCUGUGUGUGUCAGAAGUGUUCUACGGCACCAGAAGAGAUGGGGAUUACUGAACGGCUGAUGGCAAACGUUCUGUGCUAUCUCCUGAGUUCUUCUGACCAGUUAGCUCACCUCCUGAUUUUUGUUUCCCAGGAACAGGAUUCCCUGGCCAAUGGGUAGCCCCUGCCCAGUCUUCUCUCUUCUUGACAUUAUUCACUGCACUGAAUCCUAAGCACUUAGCUGUGUAGGUUUUAUAACCUAAGAGCAGAAAUCCUAAUUUGUCAUUGUUUCCUCGUCCUAUCACUGGAUCUAGGCUGAGCUCUGUAGUAUGGGCAGGAGAUCCAGCUGCCACUCUGGGCUUAAAACCUAGGGUCACGUAUGGGUGGUAUGUUCCCAACUCAGAUAACAAGGGCAUUUUGCAAGAAACAAAUAAAACACAUUUUAUCCUGUAUUUCUUUGUUUUACCCAGAACACUGCAAAUUGGGAGGGAACAGAAAGUUCUAUAGAGAUUAGGUCAACCAGAUUAGAAAACUAAGGAAAAAGCUAAAAAA